UGUGGACAAAAUGUUUAGUAGCAUCACUUACAUGAAGGCAUACAAGUUUAGGUUAGCACCUAUGAAUGGAAGUAAUUUGUGGCCUGCAACUGAUUACACCCCACCUUUACUUCCUGUUCGUAGAACUAUGCUUGGGAGAUCUGGAACUAAAAGGAAAAGGGAUGCAACAGAAACCCCAAACCAGUCAACUAAAAAAUCAAAGACAACUACCCAAACACAAAACAAAGGUAAGGAGCAGGUGAAGGUAUCCAAGGCUGGGAAAAAACAAAAAUGUAGCCUUUGUAAGAUUAAAGGACACAACAAAAGAGCUUGUACUUUAACAAGGCCUCCUAAAACCAAAGCUAAUAGAAAAACAAAACAGGGUGUAGCUGAAGCGAUUAAUGAGGAUGAUGAAGGUAAUCAAUCUAAUGCAGUCAAUGAUGGAGGAGCAGUAAAUAAUGGUGGAGAAGCAGUCAAUGAGGUGCAUGUUCAACAAGACUAUGAUGAGGUGGAACUCACUCCUUUGGAGUUUGAUUCAUCAGCUAAUGGAGAACCUAGUCAGGUUCAUGUGUAAGAACAGGAGGCUAGAGAAACACCACUUGCAACCCCGUUGAAGAAAAUCAGGAGGAAGAAAUCUGAAAGGAUUAUCAAGUUGAAACUGGGCAAGAAAGUUGGUGGUGGAGAUGCACCUGGGAAUUCAGAAGCUAAACCUGUUACUCUAGAUUAAC